AUGCUUUCGAGAACUGCCAGACCCGCUCUCCGAGCAGCCGUCGCGGCUUCCGCCAGACCAGUUGCCCCUCAAGCUGCCGGAUAUGCGACCCUCCGUGAAAUCGAGGACAGAUUAAAGUCCAUUCGCAAUAUCGAGAAAAUUACAAAAACCAUGAAGAUUGUUGCAUCCACCAAGCUUACCCGAGCACAAAAGGCUAUGCGAGAGUCCCGAUCCUACGGAGAGAGCUCCAACAGCGUUUUCAAACAUGCCGAGACCAAGGCCUUGGAGAGUGACAAGAAGAGAUUGAUUGUUGUCGCCAGUUCCGACAAGGGUCUUUGCGGUGGUAUCCAUUCCGGUUUGUCCAAGCAAGUCCGCAGAAUGUUGGCUGCAGACUCAAAUGCCGAUAUUGUUGUUUUGGGUGAGAAGUGCAAGGCUCAGCUCAGUCGUUCCAGCGGAAAGAACAUUGUCAUGAGCUUCGCUGGUGUUGGAAAGGAUGUCCCUACAUUCGCAGAUGCUCAAGCUAUUGCGGACCAAAUCGUUCUCUUGCCAACCGACUACUCCUCCGUUCAAAUCGUUUACAACAAGUUCAUCAACGCUACAAGUUACGAAGCCACCCCAAUCGAGGCUUUCUCUGAGGAGGCUAUUGCCAACUCCCCCAACUUCUCCGCUUUCGAAAUCGAAGAUGAGACCCUUGGUAACCUUCGUGAAUAUGCUCUCGCCAACUCCCUCUUCUGGGCUCUUGCUGAGGGACAUGCCUGUGAACAAUCUGCCCGUCGUAACGCUAUGGACAAUGCUUCCAAGAACGCAGGUGACAUGAUCACCAAGUACCAAAUUCUCUUCAACAGAACCCGUCAAGCCGUCAUUACUGGUGAAUUGGUUGAAAUUAUUACUGGUGCUGCUGCUUCAGAAGAAUAG